AUGGCAGCUCGCCAGGACUCUGACAACCUUGCCUGGGACCGAAGUGAUGAGCUCUGGGAGGAGAAGCGGAACCAAAUCCGUUUAAAAUCUACGACUCACAAAAUUGUAGCUUUGGCUGAGAGAAUGUUCGGAGGGCCUGUGGUCUUUGUUCCACCAAUACUAGUUGGCGGUUUUAAUGUGCUAUACCCUAUUCAUGUCAAGGACUCUUCAGUUGCGUUCCCCGUCCUUGCUCGGCUGCCUUAUCGCACCGAGGCACUCUUUCACGAAGAGAAAACACUCGCAGAAGUUGCGACAGUAGCAUAUAUUAGUCGACAUACUCAACUCCCGGUUCCAGAUACGCUUUACCACGGUAUUGAUCCCGACGUCGGACCCUUCAUGAUUAUCCAGGACCUUGGGACCCGACGGGAUAUGUGUGACUCUCUUCAAAUGCCGGGUCAAGAUCCUGACGAAUCCCCUAUCUUGGAUCCCAACAUUUCCGACAAUAAUCUCAGGAGCAUGUACAAUCAAAUGGCACGUUGUCUAUUACAGCUCGCACAGCCGACUUUUCCUUGCAUCGGAUCCCUUAUCAAAACAAGCGCAGGAUUCGAUGUAAUAGGACGACCAAUUACCCUCAAUAUGAGUAAUAUGGUUCAACUUUCCAAUAUACCCCAGACAAUUUUCCCAUCAAAGACCACCACGUAUAAGACUGCUAAUGACUGGUAUGUGGCGUUAACCGAGAUGCAAAUGGCAACACUGCUUUUCCAGCAUAAUGAUAUUGUCUCAUCAGAGAACGACUGUAGGACAAAGUACGUUGCCCGUCAACUAUUUCGCAGGCUAGCUAAACAAGGUCGGCUGUCAACAUUUGGAUUUGCUGGCUCCAAGACUGCUAGUGCGACGUUCCCAGUGCCUGAUGGUUCGAAUUCAUUCCGACUCUGGCCUGAUGACUUUAGACCUGCCAAUGUUCUCGUCAACAAUGAGCAGAUUGCCGGGAUUAUCGACUGGGAGUUUACUUAUGUGGGACCCACACAGUUCGUUUUGGACCCCCCUUGGUGGCUCCUUAUUGAAGUGCCCGAGAUGUGGGAGAAGGGUAUUGAUGAUUGGGCAAGCGUUUACGAAAGACGGCUAGAAACCUGGCUUUCGGAAAUGGAAAAAGCUGAAAGGGAUAUGAGUCCGGGUUCUCUAUUGCUCUCUGCCCAUAUGCGGGAGAGCUGGAAAACAGGCCGCUUUUGGCUUAACUAUGCUGCUAGGAAGAGCUGGGCGUUUGAUGCUAUCUACUGGAAAUACUUGGACGAAAGAUUCUUCGGCAAGCGGGAUUAUCAUGGCCCUACAGAAGAACUAUGGAAGUCAAGGGUACAUCUUCUGAGUGAACAGGAACAGAUGGCGAUGGAGUCGUUAGUACAAAUAAAGAUGGAGGAAUCGAAGGAACGGAUCUUAGUUGACUGGGAAGCUGCAGAGGCAAGGCAGCUCUUGUCAUCAUUUCUGUUCGAUUAA